GUGUUCAUGUGUGAGACUCAGAGGGAGGCACAGAGUGAAAGCAGGAGAACGUGUAGGUAGUCCUUCAUGUUCACUUACUGACUCCAGACUAAAGCACUGAAAAUGAGCCUGUCUUCACGAUCAACAUAAUUUUUUUUAGAUUACAGUCUUUCCUCCAUUAUCCAUGGCUGGACCAGUUCAGUUUUUGAUCUCUGUAGGAAUCAGCAUACUUGUAGUCUUCAUUCACAUUGUACCUGCAGAUACGCAAGAUCCUGGUGUUUCAUGUGUCCCUGAAAUCAAAGUUCGGAAGAACACUGUUUACACGCCCUUCAGAGAACACCAGUUUAACAUCUCUUGCCCUGUGACAUAUUGUAAUGAGAUUCCUGUUGUCGAAUGGAUGAAAAUUGAUGACAGAAACAAUUUUCUACACAUCAAUAAAACAAAUCAAGUAACAAUUAUAGAGGAACAAACAGGCUUGAAGGAGAUUAUCUCAUAUUUGAGCUUCAAGAACAUUUUACCAGAUGAUAAUGCCAUUUAUCGAUGUAAAGUUUCUACAACAGGCUUUUCAUCAGAAAGCCACAACAUCAACCUCACUGUUUCAGAUCCCAGCAACAACACCAAUGUAAAUAACACCAACGUCACAGGGGAGAAGGAGACGGAUGUCAGGCAGCUUCUGUAUGUCUUCAUUUGCUUAGGAAUCCUCGGCCUGGUUGUGAUUGUGAUGUUGAUCUCUUUCCUGUGCAUAAAUCGAUAUUCAAGAAAAAGCCACAGAAACAAAAACGGCCCGAAACCAGUAAGCGCCACCACACCUGGGAAGUCCCAGGAAAUUCCAGAAGAGCAAAGCAACAUCUAUGAUGCAACUUCAAAUGAUCUGCAUUCAGAGCCAGACGCUUUGUGUACAGGAAACAAUCAGAAAUGUACACCAGAUAUGAGAAACGGAAACAGGGAUAGUGCCAGAUCAGAGCAGAUCGUUUAUGCCACUCUUCAACAUCCCACAUCCCGAGGACCUCCUGCAGUCUGGCAUCAAGCAAGAGACCAGCAAUCAGAGUACGCGUCCAUCCGAAUUAGCUAAAAACUUAAUAAUCUGGGGGAUAAUUCAGGAGAUCCUUAGAAUUUUAUUGAUCUAUGUUAAAGGUGGAGGGAAAUAAACAGCGGUGUGAGCACUGUGAUACGCAAACCAGGAGCUAUAGUUAGUGUAAAGUGUUCUCAGGGCACAACAUCCAUGCAUGUACAAUUGGGAAUCUUUUUAGAGUAAAAGACUUCCCAAAGAUCCCACUUAUGAUCACAUCGGUUUAAUGUCUCAUGUUUAAGACCAAUGGUGCAAAUAUGUACCUUCGUUUGAAUGUACAGUAUUCAUACCUUUAUAUGUUUCAUGUGAUCAGCACUUUCAGUCAUGUUUUUCAGUGACUUUCAGUCAUGCUGUUCACAUGACUUUCUGCACUUUCAGCACUAUCUUAUAUAAAAUGAAACGAAACACGUAUCUGUAGCGUGUUGGAAAGGUUCACGGAAAGACGAUGCCGGAGGUAGGCGUUAAAAUCACACCCUAGCCUUUUUUUUGUUUUUAUACCUCUAUCACUGCAGGUGUGUGAUCCUCACCUGUCACUUCCCUCGACUCCUCCCCCAUUCAAUAUCAAUAUAUAGACAACAUAAUUCAUACGUUUUUAACAACAGAGGUUUAGAUUAACUUCUUGACAUUCAUUUCAAGUGACCAGCCAAUCUGGCUUAAAAUAGUAACCGUAACAACUUGUACGCUAGCUGAUAGUAAUCUCCACCACUGUGUGAUUAAAAAAAACCCACAACAGUGGUCUGUGAUGUCCCUUAGAACCCAUAUUGACAACCAUGGAGUUGUUGACCAUUUAUUUUCUUCUCUGAGAAGAUCUUUCAGUUUUCCUACUGAUAUUUAGGAUCUUAAUUCUGGCUUGUUUAUUUAAUGCAGUAUGUGAUUUACAUUAGGACUGUUUUUGCCCUAGUAGGGAUAUACAUUGUACAUAUAGCUCUUGUAAAAUGUAAGCUUUUUUGUAUCAUCAUAUCUCGUUAUAAUCAAAGAAAUCAUGCAGUCUAACAAUAAUAAUAAUAAUAAUAAUAAUAAUAAUAAUAAUAAUAAUAAUAAUAAUGUUAAGCUAUUGAAGUGUACUUAUAGUAGGCUUGGACUGCGGCUUGUUGGGCGUUCUUUGUCGUUGUUAACUCAGCAUGUUUCUAAAUUACUCAGACAGUCUAAACCACUGAGAGUAUCUUCAUGAGGUUUGCUGUAAGCCGAUGUUAGCGGACAAACAAGAUACUCUCCCUUACAACUGGCCUGUAUCUGCAUAUCAUUGCACUGUGCUGCUACACAGUGAUUUGCUGACCGGAUCAUUUCAUAACUCAUGAGCACAUAAUAAAGUGGGAGUGCUGUUUGUAAACGUAAUUUCAGCGGGCUGUAAAAGACACGCCAAUGGAAAUGACCCACAGCAUGACGUUACAGUGUUCUACAUCAGCUCCCACCGCUUUAUACAUGUGUACCAGUGUGAUUACAUGAGCUAUGGAAAAAUUGAGUAGCAUCAGCUGUUCUACUUUCAGUUACUUAGUAGUAGUCAGGGUCUUAGAUAGACCCCUUUUUACAUCACUGUGGUUUGGGCGCUUCUUCUCUCUCUUUAGCACGGAAACAAAUGAAAACAGAAUGCAGCCACUGUUUGUAUCUUGUUACACAGUUUAUUCACAAACCACAAGAAAUAAGUGUAAGAUAUUGGACUUAUAACAUGCCACAUGUGUAAUAUUGUAUAUUUGUACAUUAGUAUGUGUGAUUAUUACAUGUAACUAUUAUUAUAUAUGUAUGUGUGUGUGUGUGUGUGUGUGUGUGUGGAGCGGGGUGAGUAGGGGGGUUGAUGAGUGGGUGAGAUAAUGUUGUGUGUGUGUGUGUGUGUUUUAUUUGUUUAGUUUGACCUGAGAUCUAAAAAUAAAUGCCACAGACAUAAAACUUUUGGUUUU